UUUGGAUGGAAACAUGUAUUGGCUUCAAGAAUUGGGUCCUCCACAUCUUAAAAAGCCUUUUGCCACAAACCACACACUUAACAACACCAACAACAACAAACAAAGAAAGCCAAACAGAAGUGGUACUAAAAAUGGAACAGAUCGAGCACAAGAUGGUAGCAGUCAACGGCAUAAAUAUGCACGUAGCCGAGCUAGGCAAAGGCCCGACGGUUCUCCUGAUCCACGGCUUCCCAGAACUUUGGUACACAUGGCGCCACCAGAUUCUAUACCUUGCUUCACACGGAUAUCGCGCUAUAGCCCCUGAUCUCCGUGGCUACGGUGACACCACUGGUGCUCCUAUCUCGGACCCAGCCAAGUUCACCACCCUUCAUGUGGUUGGUGACCUGGUGGCUCUCAUUGAUGCCGUGGCGGGCCCAGGGGAAAACAAUAAGGUGUUUGUGGUGGCACAUGACUGGGGCGCGGUUAUGGCCUGGGCUUUGUGUCUUUAUCGUCCUGAUAAAGUGAAAGCGUUGGUGGCUUUAAGUGUUCCUUUUAGUCCAAGAAAUCCCAAGUACAAACCUCUUGAUGCCCUUCAACAUCUUUAUGGAAAGGAUUACUACAUUACCAGAUUUCAGGAACCGGGAGAAAUAGAAGGGGAAUUUGCGGUAUGGGGAACAGAAAGAGUUUUAAGCAAUUUCUUCAAUUUCCGCAAGCCUGAAGCACUUUGUCUACCCAAAGGUAUUGGAUUUGGAACCUCACCUGAUGAUCCUAUAACCCUGCCUUCAUGGAUUUCAAAAGAAGAUCUCGCAUACUAUACAAGCAAGUUUGAGAAAACGGGCUUCACAGGAGGUCUAAACUACUACAGAGCCUUAAACAUAAACUGGGAGCUAACUGCACCAUGGACCGGUGCUCAGAUAAAAGUUCCAGUGAAGUUCAUUGUGGGUGAUCUUGAUCUGACCUAUCACACGAUGGGUGCUAAAGACUACAUACAAAAAGGCGGGUUUAAGAAGGAUGUGCCUCUUUUGGAAGAUGUAGUCAUCCUCCAAGGUGUGGCUCAUUUUCUUCAUGAAGAAAAGCCUGAUGAAAUUAACCAACAUAUCCACCAUUUCAUUCAACACUUUUCUGUUGAACCAUGAUAUAUGAUGUUUUAUAAUUAGCUUAGUUUGGUUGACAUUAAUAAUUGUGCUGUCAAUUUGCCCAUCAUAUCUUGUUCCUUUCUUCUGUAAAUUUAAUUAAUUGCGUGUUUCUGCUUGGAAUGUUUCAUUUAAGCGCUCUUAGUUUAAA